CCCAGGAGACAGUGGACUUGAUAUCCCGACAACUCCAAGUGAAGGAAGAAUCGCAGGACUAUAUUUUCGACAGGCAGUGUCAAACUGGUUCGUAUGUGAACAACGGAACAGUGGUCAAUUGUACAUGUGCCGAUGAUGUGACGAAUUGUGGUAUAGCUCCGUUGCCCGAACACCAUUUACAUCCGUGCUCCACAUGUAAGCGGUAUGAGAACGGGACAGAGUACGACUGCGAGGCCGAACCGGGAGGACCCGCUGAGAGAGGCGUGAGCGACGUUCAUUUCACUCUCUAUGUCACCUCCAUUAGUGUCUGCCCAGACGGCGUCAUCGGGUUUGCUAGUGCGUGCUAUCUUGACACGACGCUGAAUAGGCCUAUUGCAGGGUACAUCAACAUUUGUCCAGGUGGAACAACAAUACCAGAAGAUCUUCAAUCUACAGUACAACAUGAAAUCUACCAUGCAAUAGGUAUCUCACCAAGCUUGUAUGCUUUAUUCCGGGAUGAAAAUGGAGACCCUUGACCCCCCUUGGGGACAAUGGCUUCCCCAUUGAAACGAGCAGUGUGGGAUACUGGCAAUGGAGUGAUCGUGUAGCUCGAACCCAAACCCUAGAUUGGGAUAUCCGUGGGGGUCAAAUAAAACGAAAUGUGACGAUCAUGGUUACACCUAACCUUAUAAGAGAAGCUCGUGAAUACUACGGAUGUGACACCAUUGAGGGAGUCGAACUGGAGGACGAUUAUGGAAUGGUUCCAUCUGGAAGCGCUCUCGCUCAUUUUGAGGCCCGAUUGAUGCCGACCGAGUCAAUGGGGCCGGCUUUCACUAAGGGGCGAAAAUUCUCUCGUUUCACUUUGGCAUUCUUCGAAGAUACCGGAUGGUAUAAAGUAAACUAUGACCUCGCUGACCCAUUCAAUUGGGGUCGUGACCUCGGGUGUGACUUCGUCAACAAGAGUUGUAAAUGGUGGAUGGACACUCAGAGAAACAGAGGGUUGUCCCUAAGCCCGUACUGUGAGAAGCCAGUCGAACUGCUAUGUGGUGUGGAAGGCAGACCAGCCGUCUGUACUAAUUACAAACUCUAUGAACCACUGCCGGAUGAAUAUCAGUAUUUUGAUUCUCUUCCCGGCUUCAAUGAGACGGAGUUAGCUAGUGUUGGUGGUUGGCGAAUGUUAGAAGAUCAUUGCCCUGUAAUUUACAUAUUAACGAAUGUGACAGUGACCCUUGCAACAAUGGAGCGACUUGCUCGGACAUAA